AGGCUGUGUUUCUCGCCCUGCCUCCUCAGCUCCAGCUGCAGAGCGAAGCUAUGUUUUGAGUGACAGUGAGAUUGCACCUCUGAGGAAUGCAUCGUGUGUGGAAAGUGCUGUUUUGGCUUGUCUUGUUAAGUUGCUUGUUGAGCACGGCGCUGUCAGCACGAACAGGCAAGAACAAACAGCAGUCAAAGACAAGGGAUGAAGUUGUGGGCUCCCGGGAUCAUGCUGGAGCAAAGGACACUGGAGUACGAGAAGCUGGAGGAGCUUCAGAGACUGACUUCUUGGCUGAUUUUGCAGGAAAAAAACGCUUAUGGGUGAUCACCGCCCCGUCUUACAGCGAUAACUACCUGCUCAUGAUGGAGAAACAGAUCCAAGAAUCUGAAGGUUUGAACUGUCGACUAGCAGAGAGAGACACGUUUGUUGUGACCAUUAUUCAGAAUGCAAUGAUGGAAGGCAAAAUCAAGCGUACAACCAUGGAGGGACAGGACACUGAGCAAGCGCUGGAUUCAGACAUGGUGACAAAACUGCUUCAUUUCCUGGAGCUGGAACACCAGGCUUUCUCCAUGUUGAUCCUUAAGAAAAACCUGAAGGUUGGUGAGAGAUUUCCUUACCCAGUGCGUGUGGAAGCUGUUCUGGAAAUUAUAGAUAACCUCCCUGCACGCAAGCUGGAGAGAGUUGCAAGGAAAGGGUCACUUCAGAGGUGCAAGAUCACCAAGAAGAGGUUAGUAGCGAAGCAGAAUAGUGGUAAGAAGAGAAGGAUCUUCAGCCUUCAGAAACAAGGAAAUGUUACAUCUAUCCUUAAUUCACAGCGACAAAAUCUGGACAAAAAAGCAGCCAUCAGGAGCAAGGUUCAGGAUAUUCUCAGAGGACGCUCCAGGUUUGUCAUCCGUAAAACCCCGGUGAGUCCUGGAGGUAGCAAGGUAAACUCGACUCCCAAAACUGGGACGAAUGAAGAGACGAAGCUCAAGCACGACAGUCCAACAGAAAGCACUGAUGACACAGAAGAAAAGACAACGACAAGAAUGGAAAAUAAAUAUGAUGAUAAAGAGAAUGACAAAACGAGUUCAAUCACAGAAGUGAAAGGAGAGCAAAGGGGUGACCCAGAAAAACAGAAAGGUAAAGGAAAGAAGGAUAAGGAGAAGAAGAAAAAAAAGGGUAAAAGAGGAGGGAAAAAGACACAACGAGAGGCAGACAGUAAAGAAAAAACAGCUCUCAAAGAGUUUAUGGAAAAGCUUAAGGGCCAAAGAAGACUUCUUGUAAUUUCUUCCCCCAGUGAGGUCUCAAGUCAGUAUAUCCAACAGAGAGAUGAUAAUGAGCUGCACAGCUGUGACUUGGCUUUACGGAAAAUCACAGUGCUGUCCAUUCUGGGCUCAGGGCAAAACCCCACACUGCGACUACAACACUAUCAACAAGAUGGAGAUCCUCGACUCGCCUUGCUCCCAGACAGCAUCAGAAAUCCUGACCUGAUCAGUCAAAUCCGCAAAGAAUACGGGCUCGAUUCGCAUGAAUUCUCCAUGGCGGUAACAGACUACGACCUGAGACCUAACCUUGGGAAGGUGUUUGAUUCACCAACACCCCCAUCAGCUAUAAUAAAUUACAUCGACACCUUCCAGUCUCGGAGGGUGGAGAAAGCAGGGGAGAAGGACACUCUCUCACCCUGUUCUUCAUCAGAGCCUAGUAAUCAAGCAGAGAAUUCCCUGCUCAGAUUUAUGUCCAAAAGAAGACUUUUGAUCAUCUCUGCUCCCACUGAGGAUGACUAUUCCUUCCAUCAGCAGAUUCAAGCUCUUAAUGGACAAGAGUGUCACAUGGGUAUCCGCCACUUCGCUUUGCUGAAACUUGUAGGAAAAGGACCAGAGGUUUCAGGGACUGUUGAGCUAUUUCCACUGAAUGGCAAAAGUCAGACUGAAAAAGAAGUACUGUCUCCAGAGGUGGUGAGGAAUCUGAGAGACCAGCUAAAGAUCACGUCAGACUACUUCAGCAUGCUGGUGGUGGGGAAGGAUGGUGAGGUGAAAGCUUGGUUUCCAACAGCAAUGUGGACUUUGUCUAAUAUCUAUGACUUAGUGGACUCCAUGGAACUACGUCAGCAGGAACUUAAGCUUCAGCAGACCCUCGGUAUUCACUGCCCCGAAGACAGUGGUGGUGCCACGGAAGGAUCAUACCGUGGAUAUACAAGAGAGACCGAGGACUAUCCGUAUCAUCAAUCAGAGGACUGACGGUACAAGCGUAUUCAAGAUCAUGUGGAUCAGAAACGUUCACUCAAAGUGCUAGGUAGCAAGUGGAAUAUAUAUAUAGUGGUAAAAUCUAUUCAACAUUUGUAUAUAUAGUAGAUACCCAUCGCAACACUGAAACUUACUGCUUGCUUCCUUCUUAUUAUAGGCUGAAUUACUGAAAACAUCAAGUAUAAGAAUCAGUUUUUCAGUAUUUGAUCUCUUUAACUGUUUUACUGAAAAUCAUGUCAAGUACACCUGA